GUGAGAUUCAGAGCGUAAGGCGCAGUGUAUGGACUCACUUCAACUAACCAAAACUCUGAAGCAAGUUUUAACUCCGGAGUUUGCUUGUAUUGCAUUCCAAUAAAUAGAUGCGUUUGGGAACCUGGAGUAUUUACUCGGUCUGUCCAGAUGCGCACAGAAAAGGAGUAAAGCGAGUGGGGAGAGACCAUUGCCAGGCAUACCAUGGCUCCUGUAAAGAGCAAUCGAUUCUGGAUACUUGUGGUUGGCAUUCAAGGUCUCUUUGAACUUGUGGGGGGAGUUAGGAGCAGUAGGUUAUCUGCUUCAGUGGAACAUGUGGACUGUCAGCGAGCAGAGCAUCCUGUUAUAACGCACAGAGACAUUGUGCCAUGGCUGCACAUAUUUAAAGCUGCAAAUGUAACGGACUACUCACAGUUGACCUUUGACCCUUCUCAAAAAGAGCUCAUCGUUGGAGCAAAGAACUACCUCUUUAGGCUGAAGCAGGAAGAUCUGACUUUAAUCCAGAAAGUGGAAUGGUCAUCGGACAAGAUGACAAAACAAAGCUGCUUCAGCAAAGGCAAAACUGAGGAGGAAUGUCAAAAUUACAUUCGGGUCCUGCUUAUCAACGGAAACACCAUCUUCACCUGUGGAACAAAUGCAUUUACUCCCAUAUGUACCAGUCGGAUGCUAACUAAUCUGACAGAAGUCCAUGAUCGCAUCAGUGGGAUGGCUCGGUGUCCAUACAAUCCACAGCACAAUUCCACUGCUCUGAUUACAUCUACUGGAGAACUUUAUGCUGCCACUGCUAUGGACUUCCCAGGGAGAGACCCUGCCAUCUACCGCAGUCUAGGAGGGCUUCCUCCGCUACGCACUGCUCAGUACAACUCUAAAUGGCUGAAUGAACCAAAUUUUGUGUCAUCCUAUGAUAUUGGAAACUUCACCUAUUUCUUUUUUCGGGAAAAUGCAGUGGAACAUGACUGUGGCAAAACUAUUUUCUCCAGAGUAGCUAGAGUAUGCAAAAAUGAUGUUGGAGGAAGAUUUCUCCUGGAGGACACCUGGACAACUUUCAUGAAAGCCCGAUUAAACUGUUCUCGACCUGGUGAAAUUCCGUUUUAUUACAAUGAGCUCCUAAGGACAUUCUUCUUACCUGAGCAAGACAUGCUUUAUGGAAUCUUCACUACAAAUGUGAACAGUAUUGCGGCUUCAGCUGUCUGCAUGUUUAAUCUGAGUGCCAUUACUCAAGUUUUUGCGGGGCCGUUUAAAUUCCAAGAGAAUUCUCGUUCAGCGUGGCUACCAUUUAUAAAUCCUAACCCUAAUUUUCAGUGUGGUACUGUCGAUUAUGGUCCUUACAUGAAUCUCACAGAGAGGAACCUCCAGGAUGCUCAAAGAUUUAUUCUUAUGCAUGAAGUGGUGCAGCCGAUAUUUCCAAUCCCUUUCUUUAUGGAGGACAAUAGUCGAUUUUCCCACAUAGCAGUGGAUGUAGUGCAGGGAAAGGAUAUGCUCUUCCAUGUUAUGUACUUGGCUACAGACUAUGGGACCAUUAAGAAAGUUCUUGUCCCUGUGAACCAAAGUGGGAGUGGCUGCUUGUUGGAAGAAAUAGAACUUUUUCCAGCUGAUCGACGAGAACCCAUAAGGAACCUCCAGAUCCUACACAGUCAAAGUGUUCUGUUUGUUGGUCUUCAGGAACAUGUGAUAAGAUUACCCCUCAAACGUUGCACCUUUUACAGGAGCCAAAGUUCAUGUGUGGGAGCUCGAGACCCUUAUUGUGGCUGGGACUUGGUCCUGAAGAAAUGCACAACAUUGGAAGAGAGCAUGAGUAUGACCCAGUGGGAGCAAAACAUCAGCUUGUGUCCAAUGAGAAAUAUGACAAUGGAUGGUGGUUUUGGACCUUGGUCACCAUGGGGACCCUGCAGCCAUUCUGAUGGCAAUGCCAUUGGCCUAUGCCUCUGUAGAACCCGCUCGUGUAACAGUCCAAUUCCACAGUGUGGAGGACGACAGUGUGAGGGUCUCAGGAUGGAGGUUGCAAACUGUUCCAGGAAUGGUGGCUGGACUCCUUGGACAUUGUGGUCUCCUUGCAGUACAAGUUGUGGGAUUGGAUUUCAGGUUCGACAGCGGUCUUGUAGCAACCCCACUCCUCGACAUGGAGGGCGUGUUUGUGUUGGACAAAAUCGUGAAGAGCGGUAUUGCAAUGAGCAUCUUCAUUGUCCUCCACACACAUUCUGGACUCCGUGGGGUCCUUGGGAACGCUGCACUGCGCAAUGCGGAGGAGGGGUACAGGCUCGAAGAAGAACAUGUCAGAAUGGUGAUGACUGUCCAGGUUGCAAUGUGGAAUAUCAACUUUGUAACACCAACUUGUGUCCAGAACUGAAGAAGACCACUCCUUGGACUCCAUGGACACCUGUUAACAUUUCUGACAAUGGAGGUCAUUAUGAGCAGAGAUUUAGGUACACGUGCAAGGCACGCUUGGCUGACCCAAACCUAUUAGAUGUUGGCCGUCAAAGGAUAGAGAUGCGGUACUGUUCCAGUGAUGGAUCGACAGGUUGUUCUGCAGGCGGGUUUUCUGGAAGCAUCUUACGAUAUGGGAGGUUUUCUGUUUACACAGUCAAUGGGGCUUGGUCUGCCUGGCUGCCGUGGACACAGUGUAGCAGAGACUGCAGUCGAGGAAUUCGAAGUCGUAAACGAUUGUGCAAUAAUCCUGAGCCAAGGAAUGGAGGAAUUCCCUGCCUAGGGCAAUCGGUUGAAUACCAGGAAUGUAAUAUCAUGCCUUGUCCAGUGGAUGGUGGUUGGUCAUGUUGGUCUUCAUGGUCCAAGUGCUCAGUUACUUGUGGAGGUGGACAUUACAUGAGGACACGGUCCUGCAACAAUCCUGCACCUGCCUAUGGUGGAGACAUCUGUCUGGGUCUGCAUACUGAAGAAGCUCUGUGUAACACACAUCCUUGUCCAGAUAACUGGUCAGUGUGGUCAUCAUGGUCAGAGUGUGGGGUAUCGGGUUCACAACGACGUACUCGCCACUGCAAAAUAUUAUUUCCAGUGGGUUAUCAGUGUUCUGAGAACAGCAGUGAGAGCCGAGCCUGUACCUAUGACUCCAAUUUCAUCCCGGAAGUAUAUAUUGCCAAGUCCAGUUCAGUGGAGAGAAGAUGUGGUGAAUUCAACAUGUUCCAUAUGAUUGCUGUGGGACUCAGUUGCUCCAUCUUAGGCUGUCUGCUGACAUUACUUGUAUAUACUUACUGCCAGCGGUAUCAACGGCAAUCCCACGAGGCCACUGUCAUCCAUCCGGUUUCUGCAGUUCCCCUCAACACCAGCAUUACAAACCACGUCAAUAAACUUGAUAAAUAUGAUUCUGUAGAAGCCAUUAAGGCCUACAACAAAAAUAACUUGAUCCUUGAAGAACGAAAUAAAUACUUCAACCCACAUCUGCAUCCAAAGUCUUUCUCCAACACUUAUUUCACAGACUUAAAUAUGUAUGAUGACUAUUAGAAUGGACAAUAUCUAAUACAGACUGGACUACUAACUAAAGGUCCCCUUUGAAUCUGGAAUGAAGAUGAGACCCAUAAUUCUAUUCUUGCCAUUUACUCGUCUAUAACAUAAGCAUCAGCGGCUACAGUAGAAAUGAUCCAGAAGAUGAUGAAUUCCCAGACAAAUUAGAACUAACUAGUUCUGUUCUGCAGUGGAUAAAAAUGAGGAUGGCUCACCUUCCAUGAAAAUGAAGAAUACUAUAAGGUAUAAAAAACAAAAUGAAAAAUAGCGCCUGUGAACACAACAUUGAUAGUUAAUGAACAAUGUAUUUUUAGGAAGUUCUUUGAUGUAGCAGCAAGAACCAGAAUUAAUUCAUUGACUUUUUGGAAGAGUGCUGUAACAAAUAGAAUGAGAUUCCGUGGUGCUUUCAUGAGAUCGUUGCAGUCUGUUUUGUAAUGAUAGCAAUGUUCAUUUGUAUUAAGUGUACUUCAUGCCAUUCCAAAGGCCCUGCCAGCUGCAAAGUUCAAUGUCUGUUCUUAUUCAGUUUUUCAAAAACGGUGAAAAAACAGAUUGUAGCUGUGUUGCUAUUUCAUUUUACAUAAUCUAUUGUCCGUCUCAUUAUUGGCCAGUUUAAAUAUAGUGCUUAAGAAUGCAGACAAUCAUGAAAAUAUUUCCCAUGUGAAACUCACACAACUGCAAAUAACUACCUAAUGUAUGGAUAGUGUGAAUGGUUAAGUAUGUAGUUUAACAAAAUGCUCAGUUGACCCACUGACUUCAUAUAACUGUAAUGCUGAAUCUAAAAGUGACUUUUGUACAGUCCAUCUACUGUAAAUACAUGCAAUUUUGCUGUAUUUAGGCUAAUUAUAUAUCCUAUUUCUUGUUUGUCUGGAGAAUCCUACAGCUGCAAAUUCAGAUUGCUUCUCACAGCCACCAUCUUCUGCAUGAAAUAUAUUAUGGUAGUCGCAGAGUCAUUUUCUGCCUGAUUAUUGUGGUUUAUGGGGCUUCUGUCAGCUCUAUCAGAUGUGAGUUUUGUGUUUUACAUUAUAUUCAGUAGUAUGCUAAUUUUUAGCAGAUGUACAGCUAUUUGAUUCAGUUAACAAAUGAUUAUUUGUUUUUAAUAAGCUUAUAAUAGAGAAUCAAGAUAACAUCAAAAACUAUAUUGAACCCUUGACAGAUUGAGAAUGUAAUAAGAGCAAAAGAGGGUUCAUUUCCUCUAUUGCAACUUGAAGCAUUCUCGUUAGAUUCCUUUGUGUACUAUUUAGUGUAGUACGUGAUCUCAUUAGUAUAAUUGGGUUAACAAGUUUGUAUUUCUCAUAGAACAUGUUACCAGUUAGCAAACUCAAAGACAUUCAUUGCAACUUGAGCUGGUAAAUGUCAACUUAAUACUUCCAGAUCAGAUCAGCAAUUGAAACAAUGAGGGCUAGAAAUUGUCUUGAGUAGCAAAAUCAGAUAUGCACUGAAUGAAUUAAUCUAAAACCUGAUUAUUGCACAUGAUCAGUGAUUAGUAUGUGCAUAGCACAUUUUCACAAUUUUGUCCUAGGUUGCCCAUGUGGAUGAAGUGCAUGCAUGUGGAGUGGUGUCCAUUAGGUGCUUCGGACAAAUUAAUUUACAUUGACAAGGACUUCAAAUGCCACAGGUUAAUUAUACCAGUCAGGCCUUAUUUGUAAAUUUAAAAGGGACCAAUGCUUGCAUGCAUCUUUUGAAUGAAGAAUUUCUAGUUCUUUAAUUUUUUGGUCACUAUUAAAGAAACACACAAGGAAGACAUUUGUGGAAGUCCUGAGAAUAAUUAUUUUCCUCUCCAUAAUCAACAAUCUGCCAAAAAAAUCACAUUUUAAGUUGAAAAAGGUUGAUAAACAAAAUUUUUUAAAAAGGGAAUGAUGGCAAAAUGAAAUAAACUUGUAGAGUACUGGAAUUACUCAGGUGAGGCAAUAUCUGUGGAGAGAAAAGUUUAACAUUUCAGGUCAAAAAGAAAUCUGUAACACCCAUUAAUUCCAGACGUCAUCUCACGUUUACAUAGAAUUUCAUUGACCUGAACUAUUAUCUCUGUUCCUCUAACUACAGAUCUUACCCGUGUAUUUCCAGCAGUUUCUGAUUUUUUUCCACCAUUUUUAUAAUUUCUAUUAGACUGAAUGAAGUGUAUUUAAAAUAAAACAUUAGAUGUUUUAACAUUUUAUAUAGUGAUGGUUUAUACACCAUCAUUAAACAGCAUCAUAUAAAACAAAAAAAUCCCUGUUAAUUGUAAAUUUUACGGAGUAGGAUUCAUGCCUGAUUUUGUGUGAUAUGGAUAUUUAUCAGAGGUGACCACUGAGUUUACUGUAACCUGCUCAAUUUAUUUGUUAAUGAUGGUUAAUUGUGCAGUGUGCAAUGACUCUUUACUUUAAUUCUCAGUAUCUUCAGGCCUAUGUAGACAAACGUUAGAUGAUUGUCAUUCGGGUGUGAACAAUGGUAGCAGCAUCUUUAUGGAAAGUAACAUUUGACUUAAAUGUGAAUGCUGGCUUUCACCAUUGCUGUAGUAACUGGAAUGCAGUAUCAAUGUGAGCAGAAACGAUAACUGAGUGAAUUUUGUAACGGAUGGCUAAUCUGUCACUGCCAGCUCAGUUUUCAGUGACAAGCUUCAACACUUACCCCAGUACUUCCAUGUUGUAUUUAUUAAUGUCUGUGAUUUUUAACAUUUAACUAGAGCAAAAUGAAACACAUUCAGCACUUCAUUUGAGCAUUACAGUUACAGAUCCUGCAACCCACAUGGGUGGUAGGGGCCCUGUACAGAGAGUGCUGCACCAGUUGCCUCCAUCUCUCAGGUUUGUGGGUGAGUGUCUGGGUUGUGGCAAAGCUCUCUCCGGUCCCCUCUGCAAUGUUGUCUGUCCAUUUCUUCCUCUGUCUGCCCCUUUUUCUUUUCCCCUGCACUGUUCCCUGAAGAAUGGUCGCUGAGACAUACCAUCUCAGUUUCCUCUUCUUUGCUGUGGACGGUAGAUCUUUGUAGUGUCUUGUGUGCGGGUGAUGAUUCUUUGUACUUUGUUGUUUGAAACAUGGUCUGUAUAGGAGAUGCCAAGGAGUCUUCUGAAGCAUCUCAUUUCUAUGCCUGGAUCUUCCUUUGCAUUUCUGCCGUCAAAGUCCAUGACUUGCAUGCAUACAAGAAGAUGGAGAGCACAAGUGCAUGCAGGAGGUUCAAAUUGGAUCUGAGAGUAAUGUUGUUGCCUCUCCAGACUGGUUUUAGUUCAGGCAGUGUUGCUAUUGUUUGAGCUGUUCUUGCAUGAUGGAGCCAAGAUUUAACAGUCUCUAGUUCCUGUCAGAUUGUCUCCUCACUAUUUCUCAUCAGCUUGGUUUUCUCUGCACUGGUCUCCAUGCCGUAUCUGGUAGGUAUAUCAUCCAGAUGGUUCACAAGGCAGACCAAUUCAUCCUUACUUCCUGCCAGCCCAUCAACGUCAUUCGUGACCCUGAAGUUGGUUAUGAUCUGUCCUCUGAUGCUGACUGUACUGAUAUGGUCUUCCAGGGUAUCUGUCAUUAUUUGCUCCAGGAAAAUGUUGAACAGCGUGGGUGAAAGGAGGCAGCCUUGUUGGACUGCAGCUGAUGUGUGAAACCACUCUCCAACUGUGCCUUGAACAAGUAGUGCACUGCUAGGUUUGGUUAGAGCUGCUUUAUAGUUUGGACCAGCCUCUGGCCCAGGUUGUAUCUCUUCAUUGUGCCCCAGAGUGCAUUGUACCACACCCUAUCAAAUGCCUUCUUGAAGUGUAUGAUCACAUGGAAGAUGUCCUGUUGAUGUUGGUUGUGUUUUUCGCAAAAUACUUGGAGGUUGAAUAUCUGUCCUGUUGUCCUGCUUCCACUUCUGAAUCCGGCUUGCUUGUUGGUGAUUAGUUCUUCUGCCUGUGGUUUCAGUCUGUUCAAGAUGACUUUCAACAUCACUGCUUGCAUGGCUGACAAGACUUAUGGUUCUAUAAUUCUGGCACUGCUGUAAGUUGGCUUUCUUUGGGAGAGUGAUGAUGAGUGAUUUUGUCCAGGGUGUUGACCAUUCUCCAGUCUGCCAGAUUUUGUUGCAGAUAUUAUUGAAGAUGUCUAUCACUGUCUCUCCUCCGUGUUUUAUCAGCUCAGCUGGGGUGUUGGCUAUUUCUGCAGCUUUCCUAUUCUUCAGCGAUCUAAUGGCUCCUUCUACUUCUUCCCACAGAAUUGGAAAGUCAUCGUGGUUUGAUGAUUCCUGGUUUGCAAGUAUGCUGGGGUCUCCUUGGUUUUAAAGGUCUGAAUAAUUCUCAGUCCACCUGUUGAGAAUGUCUUCAUCUUCUGUGAGAGAGCUUCCUUCUUCGUCCUGGAUGGUGCUGAUUCGUGACUGUCUCUGCUUAGUAAGGUCCUUCACAAUUUGGAAUGCUCACCUGCAGUUGUUCUUGUUCAGGUUAUCUUCUAUCUCUGUACACUGUCUCUCAAUCCAUUCAUCCUUGGUCUUGAUGAUAUUUUUCCUGAUCUUGCUGACCUCUCUGCAUGCUACAGCUCCUGUUGUUGUGUUCUUAGUUUUCUUCAGGUCUCUUCUAGUGUCACACAUUUCCAGGAUCUCCUCUGUUACCCAGGGUUGAGUUUUCUGGUGGUGUUUUCCUAUUAUCUCAUUGGCUGUUUCUGUCAUCACUUCAUUGAACUUAGCUGUCAAUGCCUCAGCAUCUUUGUCAAGCGUCAGCAGUGGUGCAAAUGCUCCACCAACUGUAACUGAAGGAUUCCUUCAGUCUCUUCAAGUUGAAUUUUAUUCUGAUAUUCUUGGGCUUCUUGUCUUUCUUCAGUCUGAUACAAAAGUUCAUUAUCACCAAGUCAUGGUUUCUUCCAAUAUCAGCACCUGGGAACAUCCUUGUUGUGGCUCUCUUGACCCCAGAUUGACACCAGUUCUGUCUCAGUAUGUAACCAAUCUGGCUGUAAUGUAUUCCAUUGGGUGCCUGCCAGGUCCAGUGUUCUCUGUUCUGUUCUCCAAGAUGUGUUCUCCAACACAUCUGCUGUAGCUGGUGAACUCAUGCAGGUAUAAUCCUCGCUCAUUUAUUAUGGCAUUACAGGAGAGGCUGCAGAAUUCCUUCCUGUCUUACAGUGCAUCUGCAUCCACCUUGGCAUUCCAGUCCCCCUGGAUGAUUAGAAUAUGAGCAUUGACUAUACAAAAUAGUCAUAUUUUGGUGGUACAUUACUAACCAACCCAUCCAUAUUUUCAUCAAGGUCACUUACAUAUAUUAAGAAACAGCUGAAGUGACAAACUGAAUCCCUGCAGAGCAUCACUAGUCACAGACCUCCAGCCAAAAGAAGUCCCAUUGACCACUGAAAAGGCAGUCUUCUAUGGGCAAGUCAGUUCCCAACUUAAAUGGCCAAUUCUCCGUGGAUCCUUUGUACUGUAAUUUUCCAGAUGAGCCUACCAUGACAAACACCUCACUAAAAUCUAUGUAGACAACAUCCACAGCUCUACCUUCAUCAGCCAUCUUCAUCAUCUACUUGACAAAAUUCAAUCAAGUUAGUAAGAUACAACUUGCUCAUACAAAUCCAGCCUGACUGUCCCUAAUUAAGCCUUUUCCAAAUGCUCAGAAAUUCUAUUCCUCAGAAUCGAGUGGUUUCUGUACCACCAACAUGGGACUGACUGGUCUGUAAUUUCCAGGGUUAUCCCUAGUUCCCAUUUUGAAUAAGUGUUAGCAUUAGCUACUCGCCAGGUCCUCUGGGACCUCACCUGUGGUUGGAAAGUAAUUUUUGGUCGAGCCCCAGUAAUCUCAUCUCUUGCCUCUCCAAUAAUCCGGCGUAUAUCCCGGCAGGCCCUGUAGAUUUAUCCAGCUUUUUUUUAAAAAGAGAUUGAACACCACCUCCUCCUUUAUCUCAAAAAUGUAUUGGCAUAUUAGUUUGCACUUCAGCUUCAGAUGGUCCUGUUUCUCAGAUGCAAAAUGAGUUGUCAUCUUCUCAGACUGCUAUAAAGGCAAUCCGCGAACAGACAGUAAUGUAAAAUGAAAACCAUUCAUUAAAAGAAAAUUGGAGAGCAAAAAUAUAGAGAAGUAAAUACAAAAGAUCACUGCACCAUUUUUUUCCAGGUCAUAAAUAGAAAUACCUAACACCCCUGAACAAAACAUUUAAUUUCAGUCAUGUAGAUAGUUUUCUGUGGCAGCCUGGCAGUGCAAUUUUAGAGCACCCUAUAAUGCUUUUCAUGGAAUAAGUCUUUGAAUGAAGUGAUGUUUGUUUGUUUUUAAUACAAUGUGCAUGAAAAAAGUUUGCAAAUUGAUGUGAUGGCCUUGCAUUGAUCACUACUAGUUUGGAGAAAGACCAUGCAUAGCUAUGCAUUAUACCACAGUCCCACCUACCUGAAGGAGAUUUUGCAGGGUGUUAAAGCAGGGAAAACUGGGUAAAUGAAACUUUGCAAUAUACAAAUGCCCACUGGAACUUGUAAAGAAUGCUCCUUGGGGUGAGGGAACUUCUAUUGAAAACUGUUAAAUGGACUGCCCAAUGGAGUGUGAUUUGUUGCUGUGUAUUAUGUAAUAUGUACGCAAUGUAUUUCAGCACAAUCUCAGUGUAAAAUAAUUGUACUAUAUUUUUGUAUUUUAGCUAAAUGUAAAUAAUGUAUCUUGAACAAACUGUGUGUGACCAUCAGAAAUAAAAGUGUAAAUAUGUGUCUCUUAAACAAGAAUCAGAGAGAAUAAUAUGAAAGCGAAUUAUGUAAUGAUAAGUGGCAAUGGAUAUAAAAAACUGAAGUUUAAUUUUCACUACAAAUAAUAAUCUUCCAUUUUGAUUAAUGUUCUCUGUUUGUUCAAAUAAAAGC